UAUAUAUAUAUUGCCAAUAUAGUUUAGUUUUUGCAAGAAUCCAUCUUUCUCUCUUACCCUCACUCUUUCUCCUUCCUCUCUCCAAUCCCACCAAAACCAUGGCCUUUGUAAUAACAGCUUUCAUAUUCAUAUUUCUAUCUUGGUUUAUUAGAGUAACUUAUGAAACCAUCUCAUUUUAUUGGCUAAGUCCUAGACGCAUCAAGAAAAUAAUGGAAAAACAAGGAUUGCGUGGGCCUAAACCACGCCCUCUUAUAGGUAACCUCUUAGACAUGGCUUCCCUUAUUGCAUCCUCCACUUCUAAGGACAUGCCUACCAUCUCCCAUGACAUCGUCGACCGUCUCCUUCCCCAUUACCUUCUUUGGUCUCGAAAAUACGGAAAAAGAUACAUAUAUUGGAAUGGAUUUGAGCCUAGGAUGUGUUUAACAGACCCUGAUAUGAUCAAAGAAUUGUUGACAAAAUACAACCCUUUAUCAGGAAAAUCAUGGCUACAACAACAAGGUUCAAAAAAUUUUAUAGGAAAUGGUUUACUUAUGGCUAAUGGAAAUGCUUGGUACCAUCAACGACACAUUGUUUCCCCUGCUUUUAUGAGUGAUAAACUUAAGAGUUAUGCAGGGUAUGUGGUGGAAUGCACUAAAGACAUGCUCCAAUUGCUAGAAAACACGUUUGAAUCUGGUAAAAAUGAGGUUGAAAUUGGGGAGUUAAUGACUAGUCUUACUGCGGAUAUCAUCUCAAGAAUUGAAUUUGGGAGUAAUUUUGAGAAAGGCAGCAAAAUUUUCAAUCUCCUCAAUAUUUUGCAAAAAAAAUGUGCACAAGCUAGUAGGCAUCUUUGCUUACCCGGAAGUCGGUUUUUCCCUAGCAAGUACAACAAAGACAUAAAAUCUCUAAAGACGGAGGUGGAAGGACUAUUAAUGGAGAUAAUUGAGAGCCGAAAGACGUGUGUUGAGAUGGGUAGAAGCGAAUCAUAUGGCAAUGACAUACUAGGGAUUCUAAUGAAUGAGUUGAAGAAUAAGAAAAGAGAUGGAUUUAGCUUAAAUUUGCAACUUAUUAUGGAUGAAUGCAAAACUUUCUUCUUUGCGGGACAUGAAACUACUGCCCUUUUGCUCACUUGGACUAUCAUGUUGUUAGCGAGUAACCCUGAAUGGCAAGAAAAAUUAAGAGAAGAGGUUGCACAAGUUUGCAAUGGUGCUACUCCUUCCAUGGAUCAUCUCCCUAAGCUUCGCUUGUUAAGCAUGAUCAUAAACGAGUCAUUAAGAUUGUAUCCACCAGCCACACUUUUGCCUAGGAUGGCUUUUGAAGACAUUAAGCUAGGUGAUCUCCUAAUUCCAAAAGGAUUAUCAAUAUGGAUACCAGUACUCGCAAUUCAUCACGAUAAAGAAUUAUGGGGUAAUGAUGCAAACGAGUUUAAUCCAGAUCGAUUUGCUUCAAAAUCCUUUGUUUCGAGUCGUUUUUUACCAUUUGGAGCUGGCCCUCGAAAUUGUAUAGGACAAUCUUUUGCAGUUAUGGAAGCCAAGAUCAUACUAGCUAUGUUAGUUUCAAAAUUUCGGUUCAAGAUUUCAGAUAAUUAUCGGCAUUCACCUGUGGUAGUUCUUACCAUCAAACCUAAGCAUGGAGUUCAAGUUUGUUUGGAACCAUUACAUACAUGAGCUUACACAAUAUUUCAAGCUAAAUUUGAUUCUUUGAGACAUUAAAUUUUCUUGGUAGAUGUUCAUGGGAUGAGGUUUUUUUUUGGUGCAAUGUGUUAGUUUGCACUUAACCUCCAAUUUUUGUAGAUGGUGGUUGCUUUCACACAAAGAAAUGCGUACUUUAAUUUGUAUAAAUGAGUGAUACUCUUUAAAUAAAAUUACGAAGAGUUUAAAUCUUUA